AAUAGCUUGUUUGGUUAAAGCAUUGGCCGGGGUCUUGAUCAAUUAAUUAAAAUAGUACGUUUUAUAAUUUCCACCGAGAAUUUCACCUCACGCACAAUAGUGAAUGGUAUUCAGAGGAUAAAGACCUGACGAACGAUGGACUACUGGGCGAUUUGUUUGCUGUUCGUCUCGUUGUUCGGCACGAUAUUACGUACUGGAGGUGUCGAGCUAACCUUCGAGCUGCCCGACAACGCGAAACAAUGUUUCUUUCAGGAAAUCGAAAAGAACUCGACCGCGCUGCUCGAAUUUCAGGUCGUGACAGGCGGCCAAUACGAUGUGGAUGUAACUUUAGAAGCUCCAAAUAAAGAAAUCAUUUACAAACAGAUAAAAACUCAGUUCGAUUCGCAUCAGUUUACGGCAUCUAUGACAGGACCGUACAAGGCUUGUUUUAGUAACGAAUUUUCUACGUUUUCACAUAAAAUAGUCUACAUGGAGUUCAGAGUGGGCGAUCAAACGCUCGUCGGACUUGGAGAACAUGUCACUGUCAUGACUCAGAUGGAAUCUUCUGCCCAAGAGAUAUUCAAGAACUUGAACAGCAUUUUAGACUAUCAAACGCAUCAUCGAUUACGAGAAGCGCAAGGCCGUAAACGAGCAGAAGAAUUGAAUUCAUGCGUUCUCAUAUGGUCAGUGUUGGAGACGCUCGCGAUCUUGAUCACAUCCGUGGGUCAGGUGUACAUUUUGAGGACCCUUUUCACAGAGAGGAAGCCUUAACGCUGAUCAAUUAGGUGUAUUAUCUGCGAACGACAAUGUGGUUUGCAACGAAACUCGUUCCGACUGGUUGACGUGAAACAAUCUCAUACUUUGAACGUUUCGCCAACUUUUGCCGAUCAACGGUGCCAUGCCAACUUUGGCCAGUCGUUUGUUACAUCCACAGUUACACGUUUGGACGAGCAACAGAAAUACAGCUGGAAUGAUCUAAGCAAAAGUUCUCCCCGAACGUGGAAACGUUGUGCAUGAACAUUGAUGUGUGUUAUUAUAUGAAUUCUAAGUUACAUGGAAACUAGGACAUUCAAAUAUGGGUACCUGCUCUUAUCAAAUAGAGCCGCGGGAUGUGCGUCUUGGACUUGUUGAAAUUUAAUAACUCAUGAGUCUUGAUUAUACUUUAGCACUGGCAGUGCGAUAGACACUAAAAACACGUUUUUCUUACUAUUAAUGUGUAACAGUAAAUUAAAAUAUUUGCCCCUAC